CUAGUUCCGCCUUUGGUUUCAACUCCUUAAAAUUAAAUUAAAAUUUUAAAAGUCACGCUAGCUCCGGAUACGGUGGAAUAGCACACAACCGAACAGGGGUUUGCUGCCAGCAUGCUGCUUUAGGGGGCGCUACUACGCAGGAUUACAUAAGCACAAGGCUCUUCCAACGCGCAUUUCCGGCGACCAGUAGAAGAGCAGCGAACGGCUUGGCCAUUGUCAAUAUUGUAGUUUACGAUCGCGCGAGUUGCGAUUGCUAUAGCAACGGUGUUACAUAGGGGCUUCAUCAGCAGUGGGUCCGAUCGCUUGGAAAUGCAAAUCUGCAUCAGCCUGAAAACACAGCUAUCCUCCAUUCUCGAUAUAAUGACUAAAGCCGCCGUGACAGAGAUAAGUAAACUUAUUAGCGAAGCCACCGAGUGCGCGCCGGGAUUGCACCUUGAAAUGACUGUGAGUCUGAAUGAGGGUGAAGCGCUGAGGAGGAGAACACCAGUUACUCCCAUUGACAUUACGACGACGCAGGUAGCUUCUAUCAUGGACAGCUUAUCCAAAGAUGCUGCAGAUACAAUCUUCAAGCUAGUUGAUGAGAUCUUUGCCUCGUUGCGCUUGGAGGUGUCCCAGAGUCAGAAUGAGAACGAGUCUCUGAGGAAGAGGUUACAGCUGAUGGAGAGUGAAAGGGUGACGACGCAGGAACGCCGACGGGAAGGGGGGAGAGGCGGGUCGCUCCAGAUACACAGCUGCCCUGGGGGACUCUGGUUGAACUCUGACCUCUGUCAGACGGUCCAAGAACAGGAGCCGUUAUUCUCCAUCAGCUCUGAUGAAGGAGGACCUGCAGCCACAUGCUCUGAUGACACUCCCCUGUGGCGUCCAGCUCGGAUGGAGGAGUGUGAUGACAGGAAAGGGGUCUGGCUUGAAUCUUCUGCCAUGAAAGAGGAGAGAGCCAUGAAGGAUUUGGCUAAGGGGGACCCACUGGGACGGCUGUCUGCUGGCAGAGAGAACGCUGUGGAGAGUGAAGCUGAAGCUUCAGAAAGAGCGGCAGCUCCUCCGCAACACAAGAAGCCGGACACAGCCUCUCGAAGCCAAGAGGGACGGGAUUUAGAGUCUGGAACAGCAGGUUUAAACAUGGAUGAAAAUGGAAAUAUCCAGAAUGGUAGGGUGAAAGCGAAAAAUGCUGGACGUGUCUACAGAGGAGAGAGACCGUUCGUGUGUCUCCAGUGCGGGAAGACCUUCAGCAGGCAAAGUAAUAUGAAGGCACAUCAGGUGGUGCACACGGGCGAGAAACCGUUCAGCUGCACGCAGUGUGGGAAAAGGUUCACGGCCAAGUGCAGUUUAAAUGCGCACCACUUAAUUGUGCACAAAGGAGAGAAGCGAUUCAGUUGUACCUACUGUGGAAAGAUUUUUGGUACUCAGAGUCAUCUUAAAGAGCACCAGGUCACGUACAAAGGUGGCAAGCCAUUAUCCUGUACACACUGUGGGAAGAGCUUUCCUGUGAAAUGUAGCCUUAAGGUGCACUGGCUCAGUGUUCACAAGGGAGAGAAAUGUUUCAGUUGCUCACACUGUGGGAAAAUCUUUGCCAGGCAGGGAGACCUUAAAGCUCAUGAGCUUGUCCACACCGGGGAGAAACCUUUUAAAUGUGUUCAGUGUGGCAAGUGUUUUACAGCGAAGCAUAGCCUCAAUGUGCACCGGCUGACAGUGCACAAGGGAGAGAGACUGUACAGUUGUGAUGUAUGUGACAAGACGUGCAGUCAGAAAAGUGGACUUAAGAUGCAUCAGAUGGUUCAUACCGGUGAGAAACCCUAUAGCUGUGUCAAAUGUAGGGAAAACUUCGGCACCAAAAGUACACUCAACCUUCACCAGAGAGUUCACACUGGUGAGAAAGCUUUUGCCUGUGAUGUAUGUGGGAAGUGUUUCAGCCUCGUGCACAACCUGGCCAGACACCAGUGCGUUCACACUGGUGAGAGAGCCUUCACCUGUGCCCUGUGUCAGAAAAGUUUCACACAAGCCAGUCACCUGAAAGUACAUCAGCGGAUUCACACUGGAGAAAAGGCAUUCGCCUGUGACACGUGCGGGAAGAGUUUCAAUCAGAGGAGCGCGCUCAAGACUCACCAAGCCGUUCAUGCUGACGACAAACCGCACAGCUGCGUUGAAUGUGGCAAAAGCUUCCGCUCUGCGAAUUAUUUGAAGAAGCACCGACAAAUUCACACGGGAGAGAAACCAUUCAGUUGCGAUAUAUGUGGAAAGCUUUUCCGCACAGCAAACAAUCUGAAAACACACCAGCAGAUUCAUUCGGGGGAUAAGCCGUACAACUGCAGUGUCUGUGGACAAAGUUACAGUUCUGCUGGUUAUUUUAACACUCACUUGCUAAUCCACACAGGAGAGAGGCCGUACAGCUGCAGCGAAUGCGGCCGCAGCUUUACCAAGCAAAGCAGUCUCAACUUGCACCAGCGGACACACACAGGGGAGAGGCCGUUCAGUUGCAAUGUGUGUGAGAAGAGUUUUAGCGUAGCCCAGAAUCUGAAUCGACACCAGCGUGUCCACACAGGAGAGAAACCUUUCAGCUGCGCCAUAUGUGAAAAGAGUUUCAGCCAAGCAAAUAAUCUUAAAGCACACCAGCAGAUCCACACGGGAGAGAAGCCUUUCAUUUGCGACAAAUGCGGAAAGAGCUUCUCGUAUUUAAGAAAUCUCAAAGAACAUAAGUGUGCUUAUUGUUAAAAUAAAUGUUUCCUCAAUUUCAAAUGUAUGUGACUUCAAACUACUGAAUUUCCUGGGAAGUAGAUGCUUGUAAGCAGUGUUUCAUAUGGGCAAUUCCUGAUACAUCUUGUACCAACUGAGAGAACUGUUUAUUUUUGCUAACGAUUAUUUCGUUUUGUAA